CAAACUCAGUUUACCGAAACAGAAUCCCAAAUCCCCAAUCAGAGAGUGAGCAUACAAAACCAGCAAAAUCAACCCAUCCCAUGAAGAAGGAAACAAGCGGACCUGUUCUCUGGCCAUUUCACGCCGGCGGCCAGUUUCACUCUCCAAUCUCUUCUCCGGGGACUUCUCCGUUCGCCGCCUCCACUAACUUCGGCUUCUCUUCCGCAUCCUCAACCUUUUUCCAAAACCACGACGAUCAUAACCACCAACGAUCCGCUUCUCCUACUCGAGUAAACAUUUCUUCGACUCCCCUGUCUCGCUCUGUUCGAUUUUCCAUCAGUCAUCGGUCCGGUUCCCCGAGUCGGUCCAUCACACUUUCCAGCCGGAACUCGCCGGUUCCUCUACCGAAAAAGCCGUGCGCGUGUUCCCCGACGACUCAUCCCGGUUCCUUCCGGUGCAGCCUGCAUAAAAAUUCAGGGAGUGGCGGUCACCAUCAGGCGUCGUCAUCGGCAUAUGCAUCGAGCGGUUUGAACAUGCGGAGGUCUGCGAUGACGAACUCGCUGGUGAGAAUCGGUGGCGUUGAGGGAGACUGGGUCAAGCGAGCGUUGACUGCUUUGAUUCGACCUUCUUCACAUCAGCUGAGAAGGAGAGCCAAUUUCCGGCCGCAGCGCAGCCGGCUUUCGGUUAUGUCAAAGGCCGAAAAUCUCCAAAACAAAGAAUGAUUAAUUUGUUUGAUUUUCGGCCGAUUGGAGUGAAAUCCUCUGUAAAUUACAUUUUGUUGUGCAUGGCGUGAAUUAGAUUAUACAUGUUUAGAUAUAAGAAAUGCAAUUGUUCAUACCCAAUUCGUAAGCCAAAAUCAAAUCGAACUGUUCUUCGAUUGAAAUCCUGUUCCUGUUGUAAUCCAUGGUUUGACAUUCCGGUAGCCGUUAUUUUACCAGGUGGCGACCGGCGUUGCUUCUGAUGUCAGGUCUAUAGUGAUCUAAUUGAUUUAUUCGUGUCA